GGAAAAAACGACGAAACGAGCCACCAAAGGGGAAAAGUGCAAAAAGAAAGGAAUUUCCGAAUCCAAGCUGUCACCGCUGCGGAUAAAUUGUACCAAAUUCGGCCGAAAAGCGUCGCAAUAGCCCUGCAGAACGCCAUCCGACCGUGGUCCGGAGCGAAGCGCACCCGCUGGACGUGAGUUUCGGUCCGCUCGAGCACGGGAAGGCGGGAAAUUUUGCAAUUAAGUGAAGCGCUGCUGCCUGCUGCCUGUUGUGGAAGAAGAGUUUGGUUGGUGCUGCUGCCGCUGCCGCCGCCGCCGCCGAACCCGAGAGCUGCUUGUGUUUUGAAUGACCAGUUGCAUCGGCGGAGGGUACGAUGGACCCCUAGGUGGAAUGCAUUGCGAUUAUAUUCCGUCGUCGCAGCAGCAGCCGCUACCGCAACAAACAGGAGGAAGAAGAGGUAUGCCGAAAAAGUCGGAACCGGGGGAAAUUACUGGACCGGGUAGUCGUAGUAAGAAGAUGAACAAAUUGGAAACGGCUGGCGGACCAGUACAGCAACAAUCAUCGACGGGAGGACCGGGCGGGGAUAACGAUUUGAUGAGCAGUUUCGGGCUCGGAAAGGAGGACAGUUCGCCGAUUAUGAAAGGAGGUGGCCCGGGAAACGGACCGAAAUCAUCAGACUCGUGCAGUAUCAAUAGUAGUGUGGCAAAUAGUGGAGCAGGAAUUGACACCAUGUCGAAAAUGGGCCCGGGCGGUGGUCCGGAUGGACAUCCGGCGGAGGUAGGAAAAAUGAACCAGGGGAUUCCGGGAAUGAUGUCGAGCAAACCAUCGAAUAAGCAAGAAUACACGCAGAAUCAGAGCCAGGUUUUCGUGUUCAGCACGGGCCUGGCGAAUAAAGGGGCGGAAGCGGUGAUGAGCGGCCACUUCAACUCGAUUAUUGCAUAUCAUUGUGCCCAUAUGCAGAAACAGAGUCGGCAGGGACCAUGCGGUCCGGAUGAUGGCGUCGGAGGGGCAAUGUCCCCCUGGAUGGAUCACGGCCACGGUUCGCCGGAUCAUCACAUGCGAAUGAAUCCAGGCCCGGGUGGACCUGGAGGGCCACCGGAUGGAGUGAAAAAAUCGGCUACCAUUCAUCACACUCCGAAUUCCUGUCUGGAGAAUGACAACCAGGUGCCAAUGUUCGGAAACGAGCACCACAUGGGACGAAUGGGUCCCGGCGGUGUAGACGGAGGCCCCAUGGGCGGGAAAAAGUCGGCCACAAUCCAUCAUACACCAAAUCCGUGCAUGGACCAGGAUGGAUCGCUUCCAAUGUAUCCUAAUGAUGGCCACCACAUGCGGAUGCCAGGACCAGACGGAAUGUCCAAACCGUCGACGAUCCAUCAUACUCCGAACUCUUGCCUGGACGGACCGGAUCCAACCGGUGAUCACUCUGGCAGUGGACCCGGUAUGGGUCACCCUGGUCCACCAAUCAAAAUGGAAAAUCCAUCACCGGGCGGACCAGGACCUGGUCCCGGAAGUGGAGGACAUUCAAGCUCGACCAUCAUCGAUCAGAUGAAUUCCCUGGUGGCUUCGCUUCCACUUAUGAAGGGAGGAAAUGUCCUCUCACAGUCCCGAGCUCAUCCUCAACAAUCGUUGCAGGGUGUAAAAGUCCCGGAUGAAAACCUCACGCCUCAGCAGCGACAACACCGGGAACAGCAGCUGGCCACAAUCCGACAGAUGCAGAAAAUGUUCUUCCCCGAGCAGCGUGGCAUGAUGGAUCCGCAUGGGAUGGGCAUGAGGCCUCAGUUCCGAGGUGGAAUGCCCUGCCCAGAUUUCGGAGGACCCCCGAAUCGACCGCUCAAUCCGGCCUUCAUGAAUACUCCUCUGGGGGCUAACGGUCCCAUGGGUGGUGGUCCGGAUGGUCCCGGUCCCGGAAUGAUCAACGAACAGAUUCCGCCGAUGCAAUACAACAAACCGGGCAUGAUGAAUCCCGGAAUGUACAUGGGCGGACCGGGCGGUGGACCAAUGGGUCCGAUGGGUGGUCCCAUGGGUCCAGGUGGUGGCGGUCCAAUGGGCCCUGGUGGUCCUAUGGGUCCCAUGGGGCCCGGAGGACCAAUGAAUCGAAUGUACAAACAAGACCCGGAUCCCAUCUUUCCUCCGAUGAGUGAAAUGGGCGGAGGAUACAAUAACAUGAACAAUCACGGAGGCCCUGGUGGCCCAGGACCGGGUAUGUUCAAUCCCGGAAUGCAACGAAUGGGUGUCCCCGGAGGACCCGGACCUGGAGGUCCCGGCGGUCCAAACAUGAUGCCCAAAAUGCCCGACCAAGGACCUCUGCCACAUUCACCCCUGGUGGAUGACGUGGAUCCCCUGAAAGCUGGAGGACCACACCAGAUGAUGCUUCCCAAUGCCCCUCAACAACAACAGCAACCAGGAACCCCCGGAACGAAUGGCCCCGGUGGCAGCAACGGAACUCCCAAUUCGGGGCCAGGUGCCCAGAAUCCAACCAACAACGGAAAAUCGAAGGAACAGUCCGUCUCGCCGGAACACCACCAACAGCAGCAGCAACAGCAGGGAGGUCCCGGUAGCCAGCAGGGACCAUUGACACCUCAAACGCCCCAGGGAGGACACCCGACGCCGGGUGGAGCUGGUGGACCCCUCACGCCCCAGACGUCGAUGGCCAGCACCUAAGAGCCCGCAGGCUCGGACCCAGCCAACGUUUGGUAAGUAAGUUGCAAAUGAAUCAUUUUCUUCUGAAAAUCUGCCUUAUGACAUUACAACAAACAAACAAAAAAGAAACCAACUUGGGUUCGGGUCGGGUCGGGUUCGGGUUGAAACGAACCCCGGAACAAACGUUACAUGAGGGGGGGAAAGAAAUCGAGAAUACGAGAGGGGAGAAAGAGAGCAUAAAGCAAGCAAAAGUUAGUUAAGUGCAAAUGUGGUUAGGUAAAAACUGAAAAAGAAUAACGAAACGGCAUCAAACGUGUACGUGUUUAAGCUUCUACUUAUUUUGUAAUACCCUAUCAUUGGUCAAAAUUAUCAUUUUUUUUUCUCGAUUCCAUCUGUUUUAGUUUAGAAGACUCAAAAUUUGGAUAAAUCAAUCAAUUUGUUUUCCAAUUUCAUAAUCAACAGAAUGCAGUAGGCAACAUGUUGAACAAAUAAGCAAUUUUACAGCAUGCUUUGCGUUUUCCCUCCACUCCACACUUUAGUUUCGUUCACCAAACUCGGUUGGGCAAAUUGCUGAUACCUAUUCCAUAGAUGCUAAAGAAUUAUCGAGAUGUUCCAUCCCGAACGUUGCGGUAGGUACUCAUUUUACCGAAACGGCAUCGCUGGAAACUCUACCGGAUGUCAGCUUCGUUGAAUACUAAUCGGCGAUCCGCCCGCCGAGAACGAUUUCAGAAUUGAACAGAAGAGAGUUAAUUUUAUAUUUGAAACAAAAAAAAAAAACAGUCGAAUUGUCAAAUCCCAAGUGCAGCGUUUUCGAUUGAUUACAUAAAUAAGACUAACACAGAAAAGUGAAAGUAAUAAUUAACAGUUAAAUGAAUAAAAAAAAGUGUAAUAAUUUUAAAGAA